AGUAGCAAAUUAUUUUUACAAUGAAGUGCGGUGUAAUAUUUUUUUUAGUUUACAAUUUAGCAUUAGGUGCUGCCGACACAGAAUUAGAUAAUCUAUAUAAUGAGGUACAAAGUGUACUAGCAGGGGUACAGUCUUAUCAAGUCCCUGUUGAUAAUUCAGCAUUGUUUACUAUAACAAAUGAUACAAUUGUGGAAUAUGAAGAUUACGACUUUGUUAUCAUUGGAGCAGGUGCCGCAGGUGCAGUUUUGGCUAACAGACUAUCAGAAAUUUACUCAUGGAGGAUCUUACUCUUAGAAGCUGGAGGAAACUCUAACAAAUUUAGCGAGAUUCCACAAUUAAUAGCUAAUUUGCGACGAACAGACAUGAACUGGGGUUACUUUUCAACACCACAGAAGACUUGCUGUCAAGGCAUGAUUAACAAACAAUGCAUCUACCCCAGAGGAAAAGUACUUGGAGGUACAACGACAAUAAACGGAGGAGUUUAUUCCAGGGGACCCCGAUCAGACUACAACCUUUGGGCAGCUAUGGGCAAUACUGGCUGGUCUUACGAUGAGGUGCUUCCAUAUUUCAAGAAAUCCGAAUUCAAUGCUUUAACAGAAUACGACGAAGGUUAUCAUGGAUCAUCUGGUUAUUUGUACGUCAACAGAACAACGCCACCUUCCGUAGUUGCAGAAGCUUUCUGUAAAGCUAACUUAGAGAAAGGUCUAAAAGACAUAGACUAUAACGGACGACAACAAAUAGGAGUGUCAAGAAUGGAAUUUAAUAUAAAAUAUAAUAUCAAACAAAACAGCGAGCGCGCAUUUUUAGAUACUAUCAAGGAAAGGAACAAUCUAGAUAUUGUUCUAAAUGCAGCAGUCAAUAAAAUUGUGAUUGUUAAAGAUGAAGCUAAGCUUGUAACUUUCGUUAAAAAUGGAACAUUACACAAAGUAAAGGCCCGCAAAGAAGUUAUAUUAUCAGCAGGCGCCAUAAACUCCCCCCAACUUUUGAUGGUUUCUGGAGUUGGCCCCAAAAAAGACUUGGAGAAGUUAGGAAUUCCAAUAAAAGUUGACUUACCACAAGUAGGUAAAAAUCUACAAGACCAUCCGAUGUUUGUUAAUUUAUAUUUUAGAACCAACCAAACAGCACCAAGCACUACUUUAAAAGAGAAAUUGGCGCUAUAUUUGCAAAAACAGACCCCUCUUACAAACGGUGCUGGAUUGGAGCAACUGGCCUUCCUUAACUCCAAAACAAUAUUAUUUGGUGAUCCAGAUAUCGAGCUCAUGACCUUCGCACCACCUUCUAGUGUUCCUCCAAAUCCCAAAUUUGCCUUUAACUUCGACGAAUCAAAUAGUGCUGUUUACAAAAAUUAUAACCCACUUACAGAUGUCUCGAUUUUGGUGUCAUUACUAAAAGUUAAAUCUAGAGGUCAGGUAACACUCAAAUCAAGCAAUAUUGUAGAUUUUCCUCUCAUAGACUUAAAUUUCUUCUCUGAUGCGAAAGGAGAAGAUAUUGCAACUAUGUACAAAGGUAUUCAGUAUGCAUUAAGUCUUCUUAACACUAAGGCUUUUAAAAGUGUAAAUGCUACUUUAGUUAGCACCCAACCAAACUGUGAACAAUACAAAGAUAAGGGUGAUAAAGAAUAUUGGUACUGCGCUUUAAGGCAGAUGACCUCUACAGAAUACCACACUGCAGGAACAACCAGAAUGGGAUUGCGCCCGACUGAUUCUGUGGUAAAUAAAGAUUGCAUCGUUCACAAUAUUCGCAACCUCCGAGUAGUUGAUGCGGGAGUUAUGCCAGAAAUACCACAAGCUCACGUUAAUGCUGCUGUUUACAUGAUAGCGGAAAAGAUAUCUGAUGUGAUUAAGUGCAAACAUGGUAAACUCAAUUCACCCAAAUGCAACUAUAAACCGAAAAUACUUUUUUAAAAUAUCUCAAUAAAUUUAGAUAACCUAGCCAA